UGUUACGCUGUGUGAAUCUUCCCCCCCCCCUCCCUCUCCAUUUCUGCGGGUAGGUGACAAGGGGGGGAGAACGGCACAGUCGCUGGAGUCCGCGGUGGGCGUCCUCGGUGGCAGCGUCUCAUCCCGGCGAGGUGUUCGACCGACCGACCGACCGACUUAACGAUGGCCUCGGAGCCCGAGGGGAAUAGCCGGCUCCUGCAGGACGUGCUGGCCAGACCCGGCAACGAUAAGUGCGCCGACUGCGGCAACCCAGAGCCGGACUGGGCGUCGUUGACGUUGGGUGUGUUUGUUUGUCAGGCCUGCUCUCUCCUGCACCGGAGCAUCCCCCACAUCAGCCGGGUCAAGUCGGUCCAGGACACGUGGGAUGCGAGCGAGGCGGAGUUGAUGGCCGCCAUGGGAAACAAUGCCGCCAAGGCCAAGUACGAGCAGAAGGUCCCUGCGUUCUACUACAGACCCACACACACCGACUGCAAGUUACUGAGGGAGCAGUGGAUCAAGGCCAGGUACGAGAGGAACGAGUUUGAGUUCAUCGAAAAACAGGAGCCAUAUUCUGCAGGGUACCGGGAGGGGUUUCUAUGGAAACGGGGGCGAGACAACGGCCAGUUCCUGAGCCGAAAGUUCAUCCUGUCGGAGAGAGAGGGGGCGCUCAAGUACUUCAACAAGCAAGACGCCAGGGAACCCAAAGCGAUGAUGAAAAUCGAGACGCUCAACGCCACGUUCCAGCCGGCCAAGAUUGGCAACCCCUGCGGCCUGCAGAUCACCUACCUGAAGGACAACAGCACGAGAAACAUCUUCGUCUACCACGGCGACGCCAAGGAAAUGGUUGACUGGUUCAAUGCUAUCAGGGCAGCCAGGUUCCACUACCUCCAAGUUGCCUUCCCGGGAGCAAGUGACGAGGAGCUGGUGCCCAAACUGACCCGCAACUUCAUGAAGGAGGGCUUUAUGGAGAAGACGGGGCCCAAGCACACGGAGGGCUUUAAGAAGAGGUGGUUUACUAUGGACGACAGGAGACUGAUGUAUUUUAAAGACCCUCUGGAUGCCUAUGCCAGGGGUGAGGUGUUCAUUGGCAGCAAGGAGAACAGUUAUACUGUGCUCUCCGGCCUGCCCCCGUCCACCCAAGGCUACCAUUGGAACCAUGGCAUCACCAUAGUAACACCAGACAGGAAGUUCCUGUUUGCCUGCGAAACCGAGGCCGAGCAACGGGAUUGGAUCGCAGCCUUCCAGAGGGUCAUCAACCGACCAAUGAGACCACAGGAAUAUGCAGUGGAGGCCCAUUUUAAACACAAGCCUUAAGGACCGGGGCUUUGCUGAUCCUCAACUCAUCUGGACUGACCCAGUCUCAUUCAGAUCAGAAAGAACUGUGCGAUCAGACACCGCUGGAGAUCGG